CAAUCAAGCACAAACCAUACCUAUGUUUUUCAUCAUCACCUUCCCAAAUGACAAAGCAGGUCUCUCUUGAUCGUCGCAUCCAAUCGCUCCUCCCUGUUGCAUUGGCUUCUCUGCUUGUCCUUGGGACUACCCGACUAUUCCUGGACACGUUGAAGAGCAACCACAGUUUUGUGUUUCAGCUAUAUGGCAGGUCAAGAGGUCAAGGAGAGAGACCAGCAGUGAUUGUUUCCCCCGAGGACUGCAUUGAUGAAAGUUGUAAUGUUUUUGAAGGAAAAUGGGUAUGGGAUAACGAGUCAUAUGCUCCUCACUAUACAGAAGAGAGCUGCCCCUACUUGGUGAAACAGGUUACAUGCCAAAAGAAUGGUAGGCCUGAUUCUUACUACAAGAAUUGGAGAUGGCAACCCAAUGACUGCAACCUCCCAAGGUUUGAUCCAUUGAAGCUACUACAGAUUUUGAGGGGCAAAAGACUAAUGUUUGUUGGAGACUCAGUACAGAGAGGCCAGUUUGAAUCCAUGGUCUGUAUGGUACAAUCUAUACUUCCUCAAGGAAAGAAAUCGCUCCAAAGGGUUCCACCUAGGAAGAUAUUCACAAUCAAGGAGUUCGAUGCCUCCAUUGAGUACUACUGGGCUCCCUUUAUUGUGGAGUCAAUUUCAGAUCAUGCAACGAAGCAUACUGUACUAAAACGGUUGGUGAAGCUCGAUUCCAUAGCUAAGCAUGGCAAGCACUGGGAAGGAGUAGAUAUUUUGGUGUUUGAGAGCUAUGUAUGGUGGAUGCACAAGCCUACAAUCAAUGCUACAUAUGGAUCUCCAAACGAUGUCCAAGAAUAUAAUGUCACUACUGCGUAUAAAUUGGCAUUACAGACUUGGGCAGAAUGGUUAGAAUCAAGAGCAAACCCAGAAAGGCAAAAGGUCUUCUUCAUGAGUAUGUCUCCAACACAUCUAUGGAGCUGGGAAUGGAGGCCUGGCAGUGAUGAAAACUGCUACAAUGAGUCCUAUCCAAUUCAAGGUUCAUAUUGGGGUACUGGUUCGAACACCAAAAUCAUGGAUAUUAUAGAUGACACGUUACAGGAUUUGAAAGUUAAGGUUACAUUUUUGAAUAUCACACAAUUGUCUGAGUACAGAAAAGAUGCACACACAUCAGUUUAUGGGGAACGCAAGGGCAAGCUCCUGACGAAGGAGCAAAGAUCUGAUCCAAAAAACUUUGCAGAUUGCAUUCACUGGUGCUUACCUGGAGUUCCAGAUACAUGGAACGAAAUUUUGUACGCAUAUUUGUUAAAGAGUCAUCAAAAUUUUUUGUAACUUGAAGUUAGCAGUUGAGUCUUUGCUAAACUACAUUGAUGCAAGAAAGAAGAAGAAAAAGGAGUGAGACAUCCAAUAUCACCUG